GGAGCGGGGGCCCGGCCCUGGGCAGCCCGGGCGGUGCUUCCACGAAGCCUUUCAGCCCUCGCUGGCGACGCAGCCGCGGCCCAUGGAGCCCGCCGGCCCGGCCCCCGGCCGCCUCGGGCCGCUGCUCUGCCUGCUGCUGAUCGCUGCGUCCUGCACCUGUACAGGAGGGACAGGUGAGGAGCUGCAGGUGAUUCAGCCUGACAUGUCAGUGUCGGUGGCAGCCGGAGAGACGGCCACUCUGAGAUGCACCCUGACCUCCAUUAACACCGUGGGACCUGUCAUGUGGUUCCGGGGGACAGGGCCUGGCCGGGUGUUAAUCUACGAUUUCAAAGGAGGCCUCGGCCCCCGAAUAACAACGGUUGGAGACCCCACGAAGAAAGACAACAUGGACUUUUCCAUCCGCAUCAGUAACAUCUCCCCAGCAGACGCCGGGACCUACUACUGUGUGAAGUUCCGCAAAAAGGACACUGACAACGUAGAGUUCAAGUCUGGAGCAGGCACUCAGCUCACCGUGAGUGCCAAACCCUCGCCCCCCGUGGUAUCAGCCCCCACGGGGAGGGCCGCACCUGGGCAGACGGUGAGCUUCACCUGCGAGUCCCACGGCUUCUCCCCCAAGGACAUCACCCUGAAAUGGUUCAGAGACGGGAAUGAGCUCCCAGCCUCCCGGACCGCCGUGGACCCAGAGGGAGACAGCCCUUCCUACAGCGUCUCCAGCACGGCCAGUGUGCAGCUGGCUGUGGGGAAUGUCCGCUCCCAGGUCAUCUGCCAGGUGGACCACGUCACCCUGCAGGGGGGCCCUCCUCUUCGUCAGACUGCCAACCUGUCUGAGGUCAUCCGAGUUCCGCCCACCUUGGAAGUUACCCAACACCUCAUGUCAGAGAACCAGGUGAACGUGACCUGCCAGGUGAAGAACUUCUACCCCCAGCGCCUACAGCUGACCUGGUUGGAGAACGGAAGCGUGUCCCGAACAGAAACACCCUCGACCCGCGUGGAGAACAAGGAUGGGACCUUCAGCUCGAGGAGCUGGAUCCUGGUUAAUUCAUCCGCCCACAGGGACGUGGUGCUCACCUGUCAGGUGCAGCACGAUGGGCAGCCGGCGGUCAGCAGGAACCUCACCCUGGAGGCCUCCGCUCACCAGAAGGGCCUGGGCCCAGGUGAACCCUCUGAUAAGAGUAACCACUUGAAUAAUGUCUUCAUUGCGGUGGGCGUGGUGUGUGCCUUGCUGGUGGCCCUGCUGAUCGCUGCCCUCUACCUCCUGCGAGUCCGGCAGAAGAAAGCCAAGGGCUCCACUUCUUCUACAAGGCUGCAUGAGCCCGAGAAGAACGCCAGAGAAAUAACCCAGAUCCAGGACAACAACGACAUCACAUACGCAGACCUGAACCUGCCCAAGAGAAAGAAGUCUGCCCCCCGGGCUGCUGAGUCCAACAACCACACGGAAUACGCCAGCAUUCAGGCUGUCCAGCAGCCCACGCCUGAGGACAGCCUUACCUAUGCUGACCUGGACAUGGUCCACCUCAACCGGGCCCCAAAGCAGUCAGCCCCCAAGCCCGAGCCAUCCCACUCAGAGUAUGCCAGCGUCCAGGUCCAGAGGAAGUGAAUAGGGCCUAGAUCGUCUCAGUUCAGUGCCCUUGAGCCUUCCUGUCCCACGACGGGCAGCCAGCCCAGUUCCCAGAGGGCUGUGGUGGCACAGGCCUUGGGACCCAAGGAUGAGGCUGGCUCUUGUCUCCCCAACCCGCUUGGCUCUCCAGCAUUUCCAGGGUGGCCACAGCCCCUCACACUACCACACACAGAGGCUGAUGCUGCCAGGCCAGCCGGGGAACCCACUUAGAACCGGCCAGGGCAGCCAAGGGUCCAAGAACUCUCAUGCUCCUCUCCAUCUACCGUGGGUCUUGGUCAUGGUCUUAGUGACUCUUGACAGCCUCCUUGAUGCUCUGCAGCCUGAUCUUCCAAGGUGAGGAGGAGAAAAAGCCCACCUGCUCCUCCCACCACCACCGCCACCGUCCAGCUGGGGCUUCGGGAAGAGUUCUGUUUAGAUUAAACCAUCCCAUCCAUGGAGAAGCUAGGAAAAAACUCUGGGACCACAUCCUGAGACUCAGUGAGGUUGCUGCCAGCCGUCCUGGCCUCCCGCAACCCUAGACUGACAAGUCACAAGCCCUGGGGAGGAGAAGACCCUCCAAGGAACCCUCCACCACCGCCAAGGACUGAGUAACAAGACCCUCCUCCUCCUCCUGCCCUCUGAGGCUCCUCGAGGACCCGGCAUCCUGAUGGUGACACUCCACGUGGACCUGCCUCUCCUUUCUAGACCUGAGCUUGCUUCCUCCAGCUAGCACUAACUCAGCAACAUCUCGCUGUGGACGCCUGUAAAUUAUUGAUAAAUGUGAAACGUGCAAUCUUGAAACUGAGGUGUUAGAAAAUUUGAUCCGUGGUGUUUUGUUCUGUUUUUUUUUUUUUUUUUUUUUUUCUUAAAACAACGGCAGCAUUAUCUUGGCUCUUUGUCAUGUGUUGAAGUACACAGUUGGGUCUUGUGCCGUCUACGGUGUAGUGGUUGGUUUCCUGGAGGGGAUGCCCUGCAGCAGGAAGUGUCUUUCCCCCGUGGCCCAGGGCGCUGAGGAUGGGGAAGAAGGUUCCAGUUUGGCUGCUCCAUGGAGAUGCUUAGCCUUCUCUCCAGGACUAAACUGACCACGUUCUCAACCAAGCCACGUGGCUGGUACUACCGCCUCCCUGCCCGCAGUGGGUAAGUCUGAACCUGCCAGUGCUGCUCCAGGCUGCCUCCUUCGCCCUGUGGUCUUGUCGAGACCUAAUGCCUCAGUCUGCUUGCCUGAAAAGAGGGGAGAGGAGAGAUGCCUCCCUCCCCUCCUCACCACUCCUCAUAAGCACUUUAGGGCCAUGCAGGGUAGAAAGCUGUGCCUGGCUUUUUUCCCCACUCCUUUAGCGACCUUCCCCCAUUCCCACUCUCUGAGCUGAUCUCUGCAGAGGGGAUCUUCCAUCUCUGCUCUCAGAGCCUAUUGGGAUCAAACUGGAUUAAAUCCAAGACAGACAGGCGGUCUGGGCAGCCAUGAAACCAGGACUGGCCCACCUUUCUGUCCCUCUGUUUCAGCAGGUUGGACAGAGACUGUGAUCCAUUGUCCUCUGACCCCUAUCCUUCCAUUUCAGUGUAGGAGCCUGGCUGGGCCCAGGGCAAGCAAAUGUUGCACGCUGUGUAUUCAGUCUUCACAUGUAACUGAUCAGCUCUCAGGGCCGAGACACUAAUCUUCGCUGCCUGCCCCCGCCCAGGUUCAGACAUCUGGUGCCCAAGGGAUAGCUGGCUCAGGCCAUCAGAGCAAGAGAGAAACUGAACUGUCCUGGCAGUCAGCAUGUCCCACAGGUGGAACUCUGGGCACUCAGCACAGACCCGGCUCUCUGGAGGACAGCAAUUUGAUGUUUCACAUGAUGGCAUCCAGGAAUGAGCUGAGCCAACAGGCCAUGUGGGCAGCUUUGGCCCGACAAGCUAGAGUUUCUCUGUGGCAUCUGGGAGCAGUGUCCCAGCCACCUGGCUCGGGUUAUUUCCAAAUUCCAAAAGGUUGGCUUGUAAACCUUUGUCUCCCUCUCUUCUGCCCAGAGAACGCACACACAUACACACUCACGCAGAAUCUUGAAAGAAUGUUUUCUUGGUGCCAUUUUAAUUUUAUUUUACUUUGAAUUUUGGAAGGGGAGUAACGGGAUGAGGCCAAGGAAGCCGUGUAGUUUUAGCUCCAGACUGGCAGCCUGGAGAUUCUCAUACCCUGUGUAUCGAACCCCAGGAAAAGGAAGAGGUCGAAACAACAGUGCGGAAGGAGCGUGGUUUCGAGAGUUUAUUUUAAGACUGCUGGGAAGGAAACAGGCCCCAUUUUGUAUAUAGUUGCAACUUAAACUUUUUGGCUUGCAAAAUAUUUUUGUAAUAAAGA